UCACGCGCUUUCCAGGAACCCGUCAGGAAGAAGAUAAACAAAACAAACCAGAGAGGAAGACGGCGUGGAUUGAGAAGAAAUGACAUUAACUUUUUCUAAACACGAUUUAAAUUUGGAGUUACAACCAUUUUUUCUAGUACAUGGGUUCCUUAAAGACAACAGUGAAUUGAGGAGGACAACUCAGCCAUACUUAAAAGUGCUGCUAAAGCCUCCAUAUUGAAAACAAGAACUCUUUUUUCCGUAUACUUACAAUCAAAUUUCCUCCAGAGAUUGACGAAGAGAUAAGGAGUUUGAGACAGGGGAGGUGGCAGAAAAGUUUCCGUCAAGGAACUGAAGAUCUGUGCUCGGCAAUGCCUCAGCCCAGCAUUAGUGGAAUGGAUCCUCCCUUUGGGGAUGCGUUUCAAAACUGCUCUUUUGCUGACCAGGCGCUGACCAGCACAGACCUGUUGGCAAACAGUUCUGACCCAGAUUUCAUGUAUGAACUGGAUCGGGACAUGACUUGCCGCCAGAGCCCUAGAGGAGACAUUUUCACAGUAGGGGACUGCAAGGACAUGGACAGCAUGGAUCAUCUACCUGAGCUGGCAGACAACGAGCCUGCUUACAGCUCAAACUUUGAGCAGUGGGACACGUACUGGGAGGACUUGACCAAGUACACCCGCCUCACCAGUUGUGAUAUCUGGGGCACCAAGGAAGUUGAUUUCUUGGGCCUUGAUGACUUUUCUAGCCCUUACCAGGAUGAGGAAGUGAUAGGUCAGACACCUACCCUUGCCCAGCUCAACAGUGAAGACUCACAGCCAGUUUGCGACACUCUUUACCAUCCGGACUUGUUGGUGGGUCAAAAGCAGCUUUUGUUUCCACCUUCCACCAUGGUGAAAAACACCAACAGACUCAGCAACUCUGCAACCAGCGCCUCAUCGAGUCGCAACCCUCUGCCGGACUUCGCCGAGGGAUCCCAGAAAGCUACCUGGCCUGUUGCCUCCAGCACUGACACGAUGGCCAAGGCCCAGUUUCUGGGUGCUAUCAAAGCCCCACCUGGGACUCUGGACAACAUGGAUUACGUUCGCAAAGCCAAGGUACGCAUCAGCGUACCACGUAAGCCUUUAGUAGAGAGCUCUACCCAGCCGGUUAGUGUUUCCACCUCUCCUCCUAUCGAGGAGCAUGAGUCGAAUGCUUCGCUGAUCGCUGAGGAUCCAGCCAUCGCCGCUAACAUGGCAUCCUCCAUUAUCUGUGAGAAGAGAGCCGAGACUCCUAAACGAGAGGUACCGAGUGCUCCUGGUCCAGAAGUAAGCACCAUGAGGACGGUGCCACACAAACUCCACUUCCCUCCAGCUGCCGGCAGUGAAGCCUUGAUCGCUGCGAGUGCCCUUGGAUCCGACACGUCCGCCGCUGACAAAAAGAAGGAGGAAGAGCACAACUACUCGUUAUUCUUAACCAGGGCCAGACUGGCAGGGAAGGCAACUGUUGACAUGGAAGAAGAAGAGGAGGAGGAGGAGGAGGAGGAAGAAGAAGGCGAAGAAGAGGAAGAGGAGGAAGAGGCAGAGGGACUGGACCUAGAUGAUGAAGACCAUGAUGAAGGGUUCGGCAGUGAACACGAGCUCUCAGAGAAUGAAGAGGAAGAGGAGGAGGAGGAUGAGGACUAUGAAGGCGACAAAGAUGACUACGUUAGUGAUGCAUUCUCAGAGCCAGGAUGUGACACUGAUAUGGUUGAUGAUGUCAAAGGCCUGACAGCUGGGAUUUCCAGGAAGAGGGGAAAGCGUAGAUACUUUUGGGAGUAUAGUGAGCAGAUCAUCCCAUCCAAACAGGAGCGCAUGCUGAAACCCUCCGAGUGGGACCGAGACACCCUUCCCAGCAACAUGUACCAAAAGAAUGGCCUGCACCAUGGUGAGAUAUUUUCUGUCCAUCUCAUAGGAAAAUACACAUUGAAGAAAUCGCGGCGGACGGAUGUGGAAGAUCUUACUCCAAACCCACGAAAACUGCUUCAGAUUGGCAAUGAACUCCGGAAGCUCAAUAAAGUUAUCAGUGACCUGACGCCCGUUAGUGAAUUACCCCUAACUGCUCGGCCUCGGUCUCGCAAGGAGAAGAACAAGCUUGCAUCCAGGGCCUGCAGGCUGAAGAAAAAAGCUCAGUAUGAAGCCAACAAAGUCAAGUUAUGGGGCCUUGGAACUGAAUAUGAUCGUUUGCUCUUCGUGAUCAAUGCAAUCAAAGAAGAGAUAGUCAACAGAGUUCAGGAUAUCUCAAAUGACAAAGAAACAAGCAUGACAGAGAAGUUGGAUAAACUCAUUGAUGAUACCCUAGUGCAGCCACCAGUGGCUGGCCAGACUUCAGACUUUGUGAAUCAGAUCCUGGAGAACACUGGGAAAGGAGAUCCCACCGGAGGGCUGGUGGGGUUGCGUGUGCCCACAUCGAAAGUGUAA